UCGGGAAGGCAUACAAAGAGUAUCCAUUUCUUUCAGUGAGCGUUUACCGUCAGAGUGAACAGUUGUGGACACGAACCAUGAUUUUGCGAUUUGUAAUCUUUGGCGCUCUUUUGGUCCUAGCGAUCGAAGCAAAAAGAUAUUCACAAUUUUCAGAAGACGAACAAUGGCAAGAGUUCGAAGAGUAUCUGAAAUGGAAGAAAGCAAAGGAAAUACGCGAAAAUGGUCCGCCAGAAAUCAAAUACGAGAAACGACACAAUGAAAAUCACGAUUCGUAUAAAAUGUAUGGAAGAGAACAACAAGUUCCCGUCAAUAGUCCACCACCUAUCGAUCAGGCAGCUUUAAUGGCAAGAUACAUCGUUAAUCAGGCUGAUUGGGCAUCUGUGGCGACAAUAAGUUCGAGAAAGGACAUCCCAUCCUUUCCAGCCGUAACCCUAGUUUCGUACACUGAUGGACUUUUAGGUAAUGGAUCAGGUGUUCCAUAUCUUUAUCUCACUCCGUUGGACUUCACCGCUCAAGAUCUCGCAAAAGACAAUCGGGCUUCGUUGUUAAUGACAUUAGCCCAAGGAGAUUACUGCAAAAACAAAAAAUGGGAUCCCAUGGACCCUCGAUGCGCUAGAAUUCUUAUGAGUGGCAAAAUCAAACCACUGAAGAAUGAGAGUAUGGAACUCGAAUAUGCUCAAAAAACGUUCCUUAAACGUCAUCCAGGACUAGCUAACAUGCCAGCAAAUCACCACUUCUAUUUCGCUAAACUAAAGAUAAUAACGGUUGUAGUACUAGAUACUUUUGGCGGACCGAAAUAUGUCUCUGUAAAGGAUUAUUUGCACCCACCAAUUGAUAAUGUUACCGAUGAAUUCAACAGGCUUUUCCCUGUAGAAUCAUAUGAGAGUAGAUCUCAAGAAGAAUUCGGACCAGUUUCUAAUGUUCUCAAUCCUGUCGUUCGAAGUGUAUAAAUUAA